AUGACGUUGAGCAAAAUCGGCCACUGCGUCAAGCAUCUCCGCCGCCUCAGCAAGGUCUACAGCCGCUGCUGCCUCAGCAUGAUCUACAGCCGCUGCCACCGCAGCCACAGCCAGAUCAGCCGCCACCACUGCAGCAUUAGCCCCAACCGCCAGUACCUCACCACCUUUGAGCGACUUGCCAGGGCCUAUCGCUGGCCCAGGGAAGAUUGGGCGGUGUAUAUAGUGCCACACCUCAGUGGCAAAGCCCGCAGUGCUUAUGUCGCCAUGGAUAUAAACCACAGUAUGGAUUAUGCCAGAGUGAAGGAGGGCGAUGGCCCUGAGGAAGUGCUGCGAGGGGCAGAAGGUGGAACACUGGACACGGUAGAGCGGAGGCAUGAGGUUGAGGUAGAAGGACAGCUUACCUGUUGUGAGGAGUUGUUCUGGAAGAGAAUUAUGGACAGUGUCUUGGCUGGAACGGACUCUUUUCCUGCGGCCUACCUGGAUGACAUUGUGGUGUACAGCACCACUUGGGAGGAGCAUCUGCAUCAUCUAGGUAAGGUUUUGCAGCGGAUUGAGCGUCCUGGUCUGACUGUCCACCCACGUAAAUGUGCACAUGCCCAGGAGGAGGUAAGCUACCUGGGACAUGUUUUUGGCCAGGGAGUAAUCCGGACAAAAAAUUACGUCCGGCCCUUCCUAAGUUUGGUGGGCUGGUACCGCCAGGAAUUAGGAGUUUACAAGCCUCUGUACUUUGUGUUGGCAUUUGUCCUUUAUAUCCUCAUCAUUACAGUCAACUUAACUUUGAUCUUAAUAGUGACAAUAGAAAAAAGCCUCCAUGAGCCUAUGUACAUCUUCCUCUCUAAUCUAUGUGUGAAUGGACUUUAUGGGACUGUUGGGUUUUAUCCUAAAUUUUUGCUGGAUUUGCAAUCUGAUGUUCACACAAUAACCUACAGUUGGUGCAUUAUACAAGCGUAUGUGAUUUAUACAUCUGCAAUGUGUGAAAUCACAAUUUUAACAGUGAUGGCUUAUGACCGCUAUGUGGCCAUUUGCAGGCCCUUGCAAUACCAUAGCAUUUUGACCCCACGUGGUAUUUUAAAGUUGCUUGUACUGGCCUGGGCUUAUCCUCUUUUGAUAUCAGUAAUAUCUGUUUUACUUACUGUUAGAAUACCCAUUUGUGGAUCUCAGAUCCGUAAAUUAUUCUGUGACAAUCCUUCAAUAAUAAAGCUGGGAUGUUCUAAAGCCGUAGCCAACCAGGUGUUAAGUAUGGUAAUAAUCUCAGUUUACAUUGUACAAUUUUUUUUCAUUUUCAUUUCUUAUGCUCAUAUUGUCAAGGUUUGUAUAUCAUCCAGUGAGGGUAGAACAAAGUUUACUAAAACUUGCGUGCCCCAUAUUUUUGUUUUGGUCAUCUUCUUUAUGACAUCACUGUUUGAUGUAUUUUACAGCUGGGAUGGUUCAGAAAAUCUUCCAGUUAGUCUACGUAAUGCAUUGGCUCUACAAUUUUUAAUUCUUCCUCCACUACUGAAUCCAAUAAUUUAUGGGCUUCAACUUCCACAGAUCCGAAAAGUACUACGUUGUAAACACAAGUUUAUGUGUUUAUCGUAG